AGCGGGAAUCGACAAGUUACGUUCUGAAGUGGGGGGAGUCGAAUUUAAUGAUCCGAAUUUCUAACCAAACCUGUGUAAAAUAACAUAAAGUUAUCGAGAUUGUCAAUAGUUCCGACGAAGUGUUUCACAUCGAUUUACGCUGGUAAAUUUCUUGAGUGACGAAGCUCUACGGCUCACGGGUGUUUCUAUUUCUUAUCCAGUGAACACGAUUAUUUAGUACCUAGUGUAUACCUUGGUACGUUAUAUUUUUAACAGACCACUGCCGAGAACAAGAAACAUUAUACAGGUAAUUUAAUUUAUUCUUUAUGAAUUUACAUUGAACGUAAAUUGUAUUCAUACAAUCGGGUUGGUCGGGACAAUUAUAAACCGACCAACAUAUUAGAGUUAAAGUCCAUAUUAGUUAAUCCGUCGUUUUAAUUUCACCACAAGUUUUUGGGUGUGAAUUAGUAAAUCCUAGUAGGUUCAAGAUUUAUUUCCGUAAAACAGUAUUGAUUUCACGCCAUUCACUGAUAACAUUGAUACAAAUGCAGAUAAUAUUGACGGUUUUUCGAAUAUUUAAAAUAGUACGUGACGUUUAUGUUAUUGCGUGAGCUAUUAUUAUUUUUAAUUUUGAGCCUUGCCUAAUACGUAUUGAUUUGCUUAAACCAAUAAGUAUAUGAUAUUAAUUUUUGUAUUAAACAUUUUCUCUUUGUAAAUAACUUUUCUACCAGACAUUUUUCUCCAAUAGAAAAACGACAAGAUGCCUUUUUUUGUUAAGUUAUGGAUCCAGUUAGUGCAUUAUGCAUUGAAGAAGACAUUUAUUUUUCCAAGCAGUUUUCAUAAUAAUUAGGACAACUCGGAAAAAACGUAUAGGGAAAACGGAUAAAUAUUUAAGGCACCGCAGUAUUUUUCUAUUCAUUUAAGAGUAGAUUAUUUUUUAAAAGAAAAUGUUAUUUAGUUGGUUAGUCAAGAAUUAUUGUUUGACAAGUUCAAGUAUUAUUAAUGAUCGAAAAAAAAAAGUUUAUCAUAAUGUAAUUUUUAGAUUCUGAGUGAAGAAUGUAUUGGUUUUACUAAGAUGUUUAUUUUUUUAUCCUAUGUACAAAAUUUUACCAGAAAUAGUAACCAGAUAUAUACGCGCGGCAUUAUUUUUGAAAGGGAAUGUUGUCCAGAUGGUACUUUUGAGAGAUCAUUUUUUGAUUUUCCAAGUGGUUUUCAUAAUAUCUGGGAAAAACCAGGAUAAAACGCAAGAAAAAAUGGGAAAUUUACGAAAAUAAUGCUUUUACUAUUUUUCAAUUCUGUUAUUUUUUACAACAAAUAAAUGUAAAUCAGUCAAAAACAUUUGUAGACUUGAAAUUUAAAAAAAAAAAUUUAUAUCAGCUCGUUUCUUAAAUAUUCUAGGAAACAAAAUCCGGGCAAAGUUAAUACUUUCCGAGAUAAUGAGUGUACUCACUUAAAUGAAUCACCUGGUGUGCAUAUUUUCUAUUUCACAUAUGCAACUUGCCUGAUCAGAAUUUGUUUUAGAUUUGUAUCACCGUAGAUAAUCAUUAUACUGAUGAUAAUGAUAAUAUUUUAAUAUUUUAUACAAACGUACAACGAAUAAACUAAACGAAUAUUGGUGAUAAACCGAGUACGAUUAAAUAAAUAAAGAUAAAUCGAUAACGAUUAAAUAAAUAAAGAUAAAUCGAUAACGAUUAUACCGUUAAUCGAUUAUUUAUCGUUUAACAUUUAUCAUUUAUUAUUUAUCGUCGAGGUACAUAUCAGACUAUAAGCAUUGGUAUAACUUAAAUACAGAUACAAAUUAAUUUACCAAUAUUACAAAAGUUAUACUCCAUAAUAUUCUGUCGUACAUAUAAUUUUCAACGGACUACGAUUUCUAGUUAAAUUUAUUUACCGCUGCGGUAAGCGAAAUAAUAAUCGAUGCAGCGAAAAAAUAAAUAAUUUAGUUGCAGAUCUUGCGGUAAAAAUUUACCGCAGCGAAAAAUUUCGGGGCAGUAUGAGGUUUCUCAUUUAAAUGUACGAAGACAAGUUUUCGCUGCCGCUGCCGCUACCGCUACCACUGUGGUUUGUGAGCGCCUUUGAGGAGUAUCCUAUAGAGACACCGACUUUGGUUUUUCAAAUAAAAACCUACAUAUUUUAAUGUAAAUUAUAAAUAAGAUGAUUUUUCUGAAAAUGUUGAAGUGUUGUAAUCGAAAUUUGAAAGACAAGUUUCUGAGUUAUUCUACUAUGAAAUACUAAAGAUAACAGUCUAUAUUAUGUGGUUUGAAAACCGGCCAUUUCAUAGGAGUUAUUUAUAGCUAAUUUUUUUUUAAUUAUCAGACAUAUUACACCAUACUGUUUCUGACGAUUCCAUUAAAAUAACAUGGAAUUUCAAGAAAUCUUCAAUAACGUAUUUUCAGAUCUCUAAAAACUAUGGAUAAAAGAUUGAAUAUUGUGUAAAAAAAACAUAUGUUAUUAGGCUAGUUAAUGCAUGUUUUUUUUUUUUUUUUACAUAUUUGGAAAAUAUAACGAGGGGGACGCAAUUUGUUUGUUGAUUAAGAACCAUCCUAGACUUUAUACUUUAAUCUACCUAUAUGUCUACAUUGUAAAAUAUGCGUGUCGAUGAACAAUGCAAAAUUGAUCGAUAUUUUAUCUAGGCAAUCUUUUGUAUUUUGCAGUAGUUAAAAUUAUAUUAUAUUUUAUUAUAGAAUGGCCACCGACAUGGCGAUUGACAGUUAUUCGUCCACGGCAAGCGCAGCAACCGAAAUGUCGGAAAUUGCAUCAUUUUACAACGGCACAACGGUAUUUUUGACAGGUGCCACCGGAUUCAUCGGAAGUUUGAUUCUGGAAAAACUAUUGAGGUAGGAAAUUUGUUAUGUUAUUCGGUUUAGCUCAUACUAAUCGCAUUUAUUUUAAAAUAAAAUUGUGACUUUGUUAAUUACGUUUUUAUUUUUUUAAUUCAAAAAUAAAUUUACAUAAGAUAUAUUACCGCGACAUUUAUAAUAACAAUAUAAUUUUUUUUUAUCUUGCAGAACAUGUUCUGGAGUGAAACUAAUUUAUAUUUUAAUCAGAGAGAAAAAAGGCAAACAUUCGGAAGAACGGUUCAAAGAACUCUUCGAUGACCCGGUGAGUAUAUACGUGUAUAUAUAUAUAUAUAUAUAGUAAUCAUUUAACCUUAAAAAUGUUUAAUAAUAAUGUGUAGCAAUCAUUUCAAUAAUUAUAUUCAUGAAUAUAUUUAUGCAUAUACGACGAAGACGUCAAAUGAUGAAUAAAUUGUGUUCGGUUAUAUAGUUAUAUUUCCUGUUUUAUUGUUAUAGAAUAGGUUAAAUAUUAUUUUUACGGUUACAUACAUAUUAAUAUCAACAAAUAUCUACGGUUUUUUUUUUCUUCUUGGGAUCGUCUAUUUUUGCAUCGAUCGAUAGGUAAAACACAAUAUAAUGAGUAAUAUAUAAUUAUUGAUUGAUAAUUAUAGUAAAUCGCUAAAUGAAAAUAGACAAUGUAGACUGCAAUAAUAAUUUGAUACUAACAGAAAUAGUGUGUAUGAUAUUAGCCACUUGAGCCAAUUUAUACAAAUUAGAACAAUCAAUGAAUUCUAGUAUUUCAAUAUUUAUUGUUGCGUUUUAAAAAGUUUUAUCGCUGUACGUGUGUGGACUCGGCAUAAAGUAUUAAACACUAUUACGAAUAUUUUUGAUUUAGUGUCAUCAAUAGAAAAUUUUAGCCGUGUCGAUUUGUAAUUUACCAAAGUCCCAAAUACCGGCAUGCACCCCUAAUCGCUAUUAUUAAUACUGCGUAUACUUGGAUUUAAAUUCUCGAUUUAUACAGAAAAUAUUCAGUUUCUAAAUCAUUUUAAGUAUAAAAUAGUUGUACUUCCGGAAAAAAAAUCGAUCGAACACACGCAGAAAAAAUAUACGGACAUAAUAAUUAAUUCGUACGAUGGGUGGGCCAGUGUUGUAGGUGAGAAGUUGGGAAGGUAGAGGGGAAAUUGAAUGUAUAUAUUUGUACGCGACGAUUAACCAUUGCUAACGAAAAAUAAUUCUGACCCGAGUUCGGUUAAUAGCGUUGCUUUAUCAACAAUUAUAUAUGUCAUAUUAUAGUAAAAUAUUUACAUAAUAUGCAUUAUAUAUUUGUUUAAUAUUGUACCUAUUUUCCCGUUUUUAUACGUUUUUCAUUUUGAAAAUCAAAAAAAUGACAUCCCUAUUGUACCACCUCAGUCAGAUUUCCUUUCAGAAAAAGUGCUAUAAUUGAAAAUUGAAGCAAAAUGUAUGGUAGAAAAGUUGUCCACAGGAGAAAAAAAAAUACAAAAUAAAUAUUAUUGUAAAACUAAUAUUCCUUGAUCCAUUCAAAAUCUAAAGAAACUAAUGUAUUAAACUCAAUUUUUUCUUUAGAAUACUAAGUAAAACCUUUUAAUGCACCUUGUGAUACAUUUUCAAGCGAUUUCUCUUAAGUCAUAUAACUUCAAUGACAGAUAUGCCUACCAAAUAAAAAUACAUAUAAAAACACUAAAAUAUAAAAUGCCUAAAAAUAGUUAGAAUGUUUUGAAAAUUUUACCAUGUUAACAAAAGGCCAAUACUUAUAAGUAUUUUGUGAAACAUACACGUGUCUAGAAUAAUUCUUAACUAAAUUACAUGAAAAAAAUAUAAUUUGUUUAUCUUUCAACAAAUGAGCUACACUUGAUAUUUCGGAGCAAGAUUUCUGAUAGAAAAGUUGUUUAAAGAUAAAAAAAAAAAAAAUAGAUCUCUACGCUCCAAAUCUUAGUCUACCCAUUUUUUUAGUAAUUUUAAUCAAUAUAAAACAUUUGAUAAAAAUAAAAAUUGUAACACAUUCUUUAGUUAUAUUGUAUUAAGCAAUUCAUUUCAAAAUACAACUAACAGUGUAGUCAAAUUGUUAGACUUAAACAGAAAUGCUUGAAAAUUUAACAAGAGGCUCAUUAAAAGUAUUACUUUAAGGUAAAAAAAAAAUUGAGUUUAAUGUAGUAUUUGAUUUUAUAAAGGAAUUUGUAUACUACAUUUUGACGAAAAUUGUUUGAGUAAAAAAUUAUGUGGAACAAAUCUAAUUUUUCAAUUAAUUAAUUUUUUUUUUCGAACAUAUGUGUAUUGCCGAUUUAAGAAGGAUGGUAAGGUCAGAAUUGAGCGGGCUGACUAAGUUUCGAAAUUAUAGCAUUUUGAAGUUCAGAUAUGCGGAUAUUAUAUAUUUAGAUAACUAUAUUGUAUACUUUAUUUUACGUUUGUUGUAUUUGAAUGUUCAUGAAUACGUAUUGUUAUCUAGGUGUCACGAGUUCAAACUCCUCGGGGUUUGAAAAGAAAUGUGCACUUUUUUUUCUCCUUUUAUCUAAAUAGGAAAAAACAAAUGCAUUUUCCAGUAGGCUUAAACUUCUAAUGCUCAUUACUUUUAUAAGUUACAAUACAUCAAUACAGAUUUGUUGAAACCAAUAUCUUGGAGAAAAGUCACUUUUCUGGUUUUUUCCCUGUAGUGCUUGUAGUGUACCCCUUGUUUUAACUAAUUGUACCUACUGUUAAUUUUAUUAUAAAAAAAUAAUUAACUCAAUUCUCUUAUCACAAGCUUAGCUUACAGGGUAUGUUUCAUAUUUUAUAUUGUUUAUUUAUUAUCUAUAUAUCUUGCAAAUAAACAAAAUUAUUUUUAUGUUUUUAUACUUUGUAAUAAAAAUACGAUAAAAAAACUAUUUUAAAAUUAUUCAAAAUUUAUCUAUCAAAAGGUAUUUCUAAAGUACAUAAAACUUCCCCUCCCCCCAAAUAAAUGUUCUAAAUACAAAUAUUCAAAUGCUUAACAAGACUGGUUUUACGGAAGUCAGUAUGUCUUGUUCCAAAAUAUGCCUCUAGAUUUGAUGUCAAACAAUGAUACGGUGUUUAUGGAAUUUAAUUCGUCCGGCCAAACAUUCUGUUAAUUUUGUAAAUGCAAAAUUUUGUCUCAAUUUCAGUUAUUCGAAGUGAUGAAAAAACAAGUUCCCAACUACUUGGAAAAAAUCUCUUUGGUAAUCGGCGAUUGCACUUUGCCGAACAUGGGAAUCUGUGAACAGUACCAGAAAAUUCUCGAAAACGAAGUAAUUACCAUAAAAAAUAUCAUUAUUCCCAAUAAAGUUUCGUAAAUACGUUUUAUGAACAAACAAUUUGUAUAAUACCCGAUCUAGGUGAACAUAAUCAUACAUUCUGCUGCUACCGUACGGUUCGAUGAACAUUUGAGAAAAGCCGUAAACAUUAACAUUGUCGCUUUGCAAUAUUUGCUGAAAAUUAGCAAACUUAUGAAAAACUUAAAGGUAAAUCCGAUUAUAUUCACGUGUCGUAAUUUGUGCCUUGAAAAAAAAAGUUAUUACUUUUAGCUAAUGCCGUAACCAUACCCUCCUUGAUACCCAUACAUACUGCGUCUUGUUGGUGCAAAUAGGGGCGGAUUUUCUCCCAACCUUAAAACGCAACUAAGCAACCCUAAUCAAGUCAUUCACAAGUAAAUACUACGUAUACAUAUUCCAUAUUAUAGGGCUUAAAUCUUUCUCGAAACACUAUUUGGGCUAUUCGUGCCUAAAAAAUUAUAAAAAGGUUGGAGAAGUAUGCGCAAUAAUAAUAAAUUCAAUCUUCUUAAUUUUUGACUGGAUUUAUCUACAUCCCACAACAAAACCAAGAAACUCAAUGUAUUCGAACCUAAACGAAUUCUUAGGUUUAUUAUUUUAUAGUAGCUAUAAGUACUCUCUGCGUGUCACUUGUAAAGUUUUAAACUUACCAAAAGCUUUACAAGUUCGAAUUCUUAUUAAAAUGGCUUAAAUUAUAUUUCUUUUGUGAACAGAAUCUGUAAAUCCCCAAUUACGAAAACUAACUGACUAAAUAAUCAACCAAUGUAAUCUACAUUAUACAUUCAAUGACUUAAACCUAGUAGAUUCUUACAAAGGUGCCCAUACGAUAACUUCCAGAUGAGGAGAAAAUAAAACUAGAUUCUAAAACCUACAUUUUUUGUUUUGAUACUGUCAUUAUCUAAACUAUAGUAAAUAAUAAUUAAUAACUUUAUUCUCAAACUUUAAAAAAACUAAGUAAAAGUUAAUUAUAAUAUAAAAUAAUUAAUAAUAAUUUAUGCUUACCUUCAUAUUUUCAAAUAUCAUCAAAAUUUCUAUUAUCUAUGCUAGGCACGUCCGGCUGCCAGAGGCGCAAAUAACAUGCAUUAACUGAUAAAGUGAUAAGGUAAAGUGUAUGGCUAUCAUCAUCGACAUAAAGAAUAUAAUAACAUUUACUUUGAUAGAUUCAGAGCAUACAUAAUUUUUUUUGGAUACUUUAUUAUUUUCGAGGAUAGAUCCCAAUAAUUCUUCAUUCUGCUUUUAACUAUUUAACUAUUUUAACUAAUUGAUCGGUCAAACAAUGGUCAAGUGACACGAAUAAUUCGAUUGGUCAAAAUAUGGUCAAUUAACCACGAAUUGAUUAUAGUUAUUUCCUUUUUUUUUAUACAUUAUUUUUCGUGACGUUGGCUACACUGUGAAUUUAAUAAAUACAGGGCAAUAUAAUUUAGUAUUUUCUGUUUUUUUUUUUAAAUUGUUCAAUAUGUCUAUCUCUAUAAAAUUCUAAUAAAAUAUAAAAUAGUAAAAUGCAUUAUAACUUUAAAGAUAUAAUUAUUUAAAAAUAUUUAUUAUUUUUUCUUAAAAAAAAAUUAUGUCGUAAAUUGACUAUAAUUGACUAACGAGAAUUUAAAUGUUCAAAAAGAGGCAUUAAGCUUUUUGACCAAAACCAUACCUUUCUCUUUUCGGCCGAAUCACUUUUUAGCCAAAAUUAUACCUUUCCUUUUUCGGCCGAUUCACUUUGCAACUAAAUGAAAAUUUCAAUAAUUACCUACUUUAUAUUAUACAUGUAGAAAAUAUUAAAAAUAUAAGUUGUUUUGAAAUUAUAUAAUAUAUCAGUGAAAUUAUUUAAUCAGUACCUACUAUAUUAUAACUAAGUUUCCACAUAUUUUAUUCAUAUUUACUGUGUUAUCAUAUUGAAAAUGUUAUUAACAUUAAAAAUAAGUGUUUAAUUUAUACACAUAAAAAGUUUUAUUAACAUUAUUUAAAGUUAGUAUGUUAUAAACCUACUCAUAUAGUUUAAAUAUAAUAUUAUAAAAAAAAUUAUAUAAAAUCAGUUUAUUCGGCUGCUAUCUGAUUCGUGCGCUGGUUCACUACAUAGUAAUUAUUUGAAACUAGCUUAACAAAAUUAUACCUAAACAAAAAGAGGUGUUACUGGGGAUGAGAGCGGCUACUGUUGUAGGUGAAAAGCUGGAAAAGGAGGAUACAUAAGGUUACUUCAUUUAUAUCUGUAACCAUUGCUUGACGAAAGACGAUUCCGAACGCAGUUCGGUAAUACAUAAUUUUUCCGAUUUUCGUUUAAAUUUGAUUUCGAAACGUUUAUUAAAAAAAAUAAAGGUCUUCCGGUGAUUUUGGAAAUUUUACCACGUCUAGGAAAGUUCAAUAUAAUGUGUAUUUAUAACCGAAUAACAGGGAAAAAAACUACCAAAAAUUAAAAUUCCUUAAAAGCUCAAAAGAUUUGACAAUAAUACUGUUAGAAAGGAAAUCAAUAAGGCAACAAAAUGAGUAUUUUGUUAUUUUUCGAUUAAAUCAUUUUUUCUGGUAGAAAACGUCGUCCGUGUUUUUAUAAAAUAUUGAAAUCGUGAAAUUAUACGUUUUCCUACGUUUUUUCCUACUUUAGCGUUUCAUUUAAAAAAUGGCGUCGAAAAUCAAAAAAUGACAUGUUUAAAGUACCAUUUAAACAAGUUGAGCUUUCAGAAAAGUUGUUACACGUAAAAAUCGGAGUAAGUUUACUAGAAAAAAAAAGAAAUCAACAUCUUAGUAAAACCAAUAGUUCCCUCGCUACACUCGGAAUCUGAAAUGUAAUUAUAAUAAUUUAGUGACAUAUUUACGAUUUAUUAAUAAGGCGUAUUUUAAUAAACGAUUUAGUAGCUGUCGAAUUUUCCGUAUUGAUAAUCUAUGAUACAUUUCAGAUUCCGAGCGGAAUUUUGAAAUGUAGUUAAAGCCGAUAUUUUCGAUUACUUAGAUUUUUCACAACAUUCAAAGAGUAUCAUGUGGCGAUAAAAACUUUAGAUUUUAAAUGAGAACCUACUUUAAAAACUCCAUAAAUAUACGGAGUAAGUAUUUCAUUGAAUAGAUCUUGGUGUCAACAUUUUUAAUUUCUGUCGAUAUUUCACUUUUAAGUUUAGGUUGAGGGAGAGUAGUGGACUAUCAUGUGUGGCGGCACGGUACGCAGCGUUUUAUGCGAUAGUGAUCCACUACUCUCCUCCCCCCACCUAAAGUUAAAAGUGAAAUAUCUCGUCAACGGGUUGACGGAAAUCAAAAAUUUUAACACUAAAAUAUAUUUAAUGUAAUAUCUACUCCAGCAUUUUAUGAAAUUUAAAAUAUAGGUUCUCAUAUGAAAAACCAAACUUUUUAUCAACACAGGGUUCUCCUUAAAUGUUAUAUAAAAUCUAAGUAUUCAUAAAUAUCAGGUUUAAUGACAUUUAAACAUUCCAAAAAUCAGAAUUUGAAUAAAUAUAUAUAUAUAUGCAAAAUUUAACAAAAAUAACGGGGUGAGUUCGCUUAUUGAAUCACCGUGAAUAAUUAUAACUAUUUUUAGUUUGGCCGAAAAGGAAAAGGUAUGAAUUUGGUCGAAAAGAUAAUAAACAUUUUUAAAUUUGGUUUCGCCCCACUAAACUCCCAACCCUACGUUUAAUAUUUUACACGCAGUCAUUCAUUCACAUUUCCACUGCCUACUCAAACUGUGCCGGCAGAAAAGUCAUAGACGAAGUAUUUUACAAGCCACCAAUAUCCGCGGACCAAUUGGUGCAGCUCAUUGACAUUCUCGACGAUGAUUAUAUCAGAAGAAUUACUCCCUCGUAAGUAUUGCGUUGAUUGUUAUUAAAACUACCUAUAUAAUACACGGUUUUAACUGUAACUGUUUGUAGGCUAUUAAAUGAAUACCCGAACACGUACACAAUGACCAAGUCCACCGCCGAAUACGAAAUAUUUACUCAUGGCACAAGAUUGCCCAUCGGUAUCAUUAGGCCGUCAAUGAGUGAGUGCAGUUCAUCGUCAAGAUUUUUUUUAUCAUUUUCACUCGAACUAUACAAAUAUAAUGAAAGAUUUUUUUUUUAUCGAUUCCGUAGUUGGAGUUUGAGAUUACUCAUGGAGUGCUAAGCCUCCUAUUUACGCCCCAAAAAAACUAACACGGGCAUUAAACACCUAUAUUUUAAUACCUGUAUAAUUUUCGCGUCAUGGAAUAAUAAUUUUUUUUUUUUAUAACAAUUAAACAUGGAUACACAGUUACCGCCACAGAACACGAACCCAUUCCUGGCUGGAUCAACAAUAUCUAUGGGCCGACCGGAGCAGUGACGGCCGCCGGCAUAGGCCUAAUGAGGGUUAUGAGAACCAACGCCAAUGAAAUAGCCGACAUCGUUCCCGGAGACUAUGUCAGCAACGCGGUGUUGGCCUGCGCUUGGGAUGUUCACAACAAGUGGUAAACAGCGAAUUUGAUUUUUUUUUUUUUUUUUUAGUCAUUAUGGAAAUAUCAGUAAUAUAGUUGCCAGUUCUGUCUAACCAACGGGCAUUAUACAUAGCAAACAUGUAUUAUCGUACUUCCAAAUCGUACAACAGUAUAUACUUAGGAUCUAAUAGACCUAAACCAAAAAUUAUUUCACCAAAUUGAAGAAGAUAAUUAUUUACUAUGUUUGAAGUUUGGGAUUUCUUGAUAUCUACUUCCGAUAUAGUCGGUUACUUAAUUAAAUUUUUAAACAUUUUCGAAAAAGCAUUAUUUCAACACUAUUUUCAAUUUUUCACUCCUACUCUUUAAAAUAUGAGUGUACAUCUUAUUUUCGAAUAGAAACCAUCAUUUCAGGGCUGAAACUAGGAAGGGGGAGGGCGAGAAUUUAUCGCCGAGUGUACAAUUUUCAGGGACAUAUUCGCGUAAAAAUAACAUAGGUACUAUUUUUUAAUAAUUUAAUUAGUCAAUAUCUUCUGGAACAAUGAGAAAUAUUAAAUAAGUUAUCAUAUAUACGUUUCAAAUUUUAUAAAUAUUAGAGUCUGAAUGGGGUGAGGGGAAUUAAAUUAGUAUUUAUGUAGUGUUAGUAUUAAUAUUUAGUACACAGAUAUAUAAUAUUUUUAUCUUUGGGUUUUAAAACUCCUAGUUACGGUACCGUCUCUUUUAAAUAUGAUUCCAAUAGAGAAUAUUACUUGUCUGAACAUUUUAUGCUGUAAAUACAAUAUUAGAGUUAAGUAUGCUAAUAUAAAUGUUUAGACAAAUAUUUUUUAUCGGUGUUUAAGUGAUGUUCCUAUUUUAAAAUCAAACUUUUACACCAUAAUUAUAUUAAAAAGUAGAGGUAAACAAUUUUAAAAUUAAUGUAUAUAAAAAUAAUCAAAUUUACUUAAAAUCUUAAGACAAAUCGCCAAUGUGUGUUAAAUGGAUCACAUUUAGAGCUACAUUUAAAUUUUACAUGUUUUUCUAGGAAAGAGCACAACGAUAGUAUGGGAAAUGAGAGUUUUUUGCCAUUAAUUUACAAUUACGUGUCUUCGAAUAUGAAUCGAUUGACAUGGGCAGAAUUUUUGAAAUUCAACAGAACACAUGCUCAUGACAUACCCAGCGCAAAAGCUGUGAGUUGACGUUGCCGGGUGUGUUUGUUGUUGUUUUUAUAUAUUUAAUGAACAACUUUUUGUUUAGAUCUGGCCAAUCAUGUUGAAUUUGGUAACAAACAAAUACGUGUACAUGAUUUUGUGUUUCCUUUUGCACAUCGUACCAGCGUUUAUUGUCGAUUCCAUAUGCAUACUGAUAGGAAAGAAACCACAGUAAGUACUGCAACUGAUGAACUACAAACAGAAAAAACUGAAAAAUCAUGUACUUAUUUAUUUUAUUUUUCAAGAUUAAUUGAUGGAUACAGAAAAUUACACAAGUUCACCGAAGUUAUAUCUUACUUUUCUUGUCAAUCGUGGAAGUUCCAUGAGACCAACACCAAAUCACUGUUAAGCAAAUUGUCCAAGUUCGAUCAGUUCAAUUUCCAAUUUGAUAUGAGCAAAUUAAUUUGGAACGAAUAUUUCAAAAGUCACGUCAAGGGCAUUCGGAUAUACAUUGUCAAAGAUCCAUUAGAAACCAUACCGCAGGGAUUGAAACGCUUACGAAUGUUAGUAUCACUCACUAUUAUGCGAUUAUCUAUAAAACUGAUUUUGAUGUAUAUUCCGUAUUUUUUUUUUUUUAGAUUGUACUUUAUCCAUUACACGUUAUUGACGGUUUUAGCAGCAUUGUUCUUAUUGGUGAUUUACGGGCUGUUCUAGUUGUGAUUAACAUACAAAUGUCCUAUUUCCUAUAAACGAUAAGCAUGAUUAUAUUAUGUUUAAUAUAAUAUAAUAUAAUGGUAUAUAUGAUACACUUCCACAUUUUCAUUUUACUUAUUUAUAAGUUAAU